AUGGCGGAGGAGAUCUUGGGCAACAUUGCGGAGGAGGCGCACGCGGCACUCCUCGCAAGCGCCGGCGACGAGGCCACCAAAAAAUCUGGCGCCAUCCGCCUACCGAUCGAGGACUCCCUGGACGGGGACUUCGGGUCGCGCGGGACUGCGUACACGGAUCUUUCCACGACUACGAGUGCGGGCACCAGCGGGCAGCUGGUGGAGCGCACGGGGGGCAUCAGCUUCGGCAGGCUGCUGUCGGUGGCGGGAUCGUGCUCGAUCAACCUGCUGCUGCCGUUCCUGAACGGGCUGAUGCUGGGGUUCGGGGAGCUGCUGGCGCACGAGCUGAGCUGGAAGUUCUCGUGGUUCGAUAAGGAGCGCAACCGGGGCUACCGCAUAUACCCCGAGGUGCGCAAGGCGGCGGAGCUGCAAGAGCGCGAGCGGCAGCGGGCGCUGUCGCGCGCCGCGGGCCCGGACGGCUUUUUGUAG